CUGUAAACAAGCAUAGGAACGUUGGCUCAAAGCGACACGAGAGAACAAAGAGGAAGCUAUCCAACAGAAAUAUUCCACCAUGGCAAGAGUUAUUACUGCACAGGAAUGGAAAGAGAAGGGUAAUGAAAAGUUUAACAAAGGCGAUUGGUCAAAAGCAUUGAAUUACUACACAAACGCACUGAAACUAGAAAUAGAGAACAACGCUGAAAAAGAAGUGUGCUACAAAAAUCGAGCUGCCACUUAUUUAAUGCUGGACAAUUACGAGGAAGUCAUUAAAGACUGUAACAGUGCGUUAAAAAUAUGUUGUAAUAAAACAAAUCCUAGAGCCACGAUAUCACAACUGCUGGAUUUAGUAUUUAACGUGAGCGAAGAUAAAGAGAACCGUGAAACCGCUAUGAUUAAAUUGUAUACAUUCGCACGUGAUGAAACUGGUGCCGAGGAGAUAUUCCAGAAGGAAGGUGUAUCAAAAAUCGCACAACUUGUGAAAGUUGAAGAGAACGAAAAAUUGAUCUGCAACGCGAUUUAUAUCGUACGCGCAUUAUGCAAAAACAGUAUUGUUCGAACCGACUACGUUAUGAAAUGUGUCGGUUUGUUAUGGUGUCUGGAAAUGAUGAACAGCGCAUCUACAGAAAGAGUCAACGCGUCUCAAAGUUGUUUACAGACUAUAUUGAACAUCUACAGCGGCAUGAUUAAUAAAUACCGUCCAAAACCCGACAUGAGUUUGUGCUUAAAGUAUAAGAGUGAAAUUUACAUGAUACUGUCGUGCUUGUUAAAUAGUGUAACGAGUAGAACGAUAACAGGCCUUGCUAGAGACGCAACAAUAGAAUUUAUUACACGUAAUAUGCAUCAUGCUGCGUUAAACUGGGCCGAACAAUUGGUCGACUUUGGCGGUUUGCAAAAAUUAAUGGAGGUGGCCACCCAAUUGGAAAAACACGAAUCCUCGCUCGACAUCACGUCUUCUACUCGAACUCUUAUCAGUAUAUCCUUAGCAAAAAUAUAUGAAAACAUGUACCAUGAUGCUGCUAAGGAAGAAUUUAUCGACGCCAUUUACGAAUUUAUUCAGGAUAAAUUGCUUAAAUCUGACACAGAAUCCAAAGUGCGUGGAGUAGUUGCGAUAAUAACCCUGAUAUUCGGCCCGUUCAAAAUUGCAGACGCAAUUAUUUUCAAAAAAGGGAUGAUUGAGAAGAUCUUCGCUAUGGCGGAAACGGAUGACGUAUUGCAACAGAAAGUGGUUUGCGAAUGUGUCAUUGCCGGUGCGACUAAAUAUAAUAAGUUCAACGAGUUCAUAAAUAAAGGUGUAAAUAUAUUGCAGAAGCUGGAUAAAACUAAUAACGAUAUAAUUCGGAUUCUAGCGUUUUUGGGAUUGUGCAAGUUGAGUAAAUUUGAAAAGUAUUACGUUAUCCAACCGUUCGCGGGUAAAGCGACGGACGAAUUGGUCAAGGUUUGCAGACGAUUCUUGAUCAAUCCUCAAAGAGAUAUGAGAAAAUGGGCCGUUGAAGGUCUGUCGUAUCUCACUUUCAACAUCGGAGUCAAAAAGAAAUUAAUCGAAGACCGAGAAGCCGUUCAAGCGAUAAUCGCGUUUGCCAAGACUGAAAAUCAAUCAGUUCUUUACCGAGUGGACAUAUUGUUGCUGAACUUGUGCCACGCUUAUGACAAUAAAGAUGUUCUCAUACCCGAGAUAUUAAUGUUUCUCGAAUAUUUUCAUCUUGAGAAUCAUAUAUUGAUCGAGGACAGAGACGUGGAAGAAAGACGGCGCGUGUUAGCGCAUGCCGGUGUGACCUGCAGCGCUUUGGUGAGUCUCGCUAAAACAAAUAGCCAGAAUAGCAAGGAAUUGAUAGCCCACGUUUUUGACGCAAUAUGCAGUCAAGAGGAAUUGAGAAAAAUAGUUGUUGAUGAAUGCGGUACGGACGCAUUGUUGUCGUUAGCGCUGAGUGGCACAGACAAGGGAAAGAAGAUAGCUUUGCAAGUCCUAGUCCAUCUGGCACUCACGAUACCUCCUGAGGUUGCGUUUUCUGGUCAGAUGAUCAUGCAGGUUGUUCGGCCAAUCUUUAAUCUCCUAAAACGGAAGUAUGACGCUCUUGCGAUUAACAUUCUCUCAGUUUUGUGCAAUCUAGCUAGUGUCAAUGACAGCAUGCGACAACAUAUAUUCAACGAGGCAGGAUAUGAGAGAUUAUCGCGCAUUUUGAUUUAUAGCCACAAAACAGCAAGUCAACGCUAUUGUGGGAGACUUAGGGCCGCAGAACUUCUCGAUAAUUUGGCAUUAAACCGCGAAGUUGCUAUUAAGUUUUACGAGCAUGCCAAAGCUAAGGAAGUUAUGAAAUCAGUGUUGGAUAUAUUGUGCUUCUACGGAGAUAAAAACAAGGCAUUGGCUGGGGCUGGAGUGAGACUCACGGCGGUUGACAACGAAUAUUGCGAGAAAAUGCUUGAUAGGAUAUAUUCUUCGGACGAGAAUGCAAUACCCUUACAGGUUUUACUCUAUAAUUCAGACAGUAAUUUACAAUAUAGGGGUGUUAAAACUGUGCUAAACAUGAUGAAAAGCACAAGAAAGGUCGCUACAAAAUUCAUAGAAACAAACAUAAUAAUGGAACAACUAAGGGAAUUGAGCAAGAACGAUACUGUGCAAAAGAAGAGCGAGGAAUUAGCAUCCCUUGCUUUAGAGGUUGCUGCGGAAUGGGGCAAACUCAAGAAAAAUGUCGAACGGAACGGAUCGUCACAGAGCACUGAUAAUAUAGAACAUUCGAUUAAGAAGGCUAAAUGCGAAGAUUAA